AUGUCGACGGCUUCUAGCUGUACAGAGCCAGACAUUCACCCCAAUAGUGAGCAGUGUCCCGGAGAAGAUUCAUUCGGCUUUGGAGAUGAUCUGGAGUUAAAUCAGUUUGAUGGAUUGCCCUUUUCCUCACGUUACUACAAAUUGCUGAACGAGAGGAAGAUUCUGCCCGUGUGGAAGGUCAAGUGCCAGUUUGAGGAUGCUCUGGCUAAAAAUCAGCUGAUUAUUGUGUCUGGGACAGCAAGGACUGGGACAAGCACACAGAUCCCUCAGUGGUGUGCCGAGUUCUGCCUGUCUGCGCAGUAUCAGCACGGCAUGGUGGUGUGCACACAGACCAACAAACAGCAGGCCGUGGAUCUGGCCCUGCGAGUGGCUGACGAAAUGGAUGUGAACAUAGGCCACGAAGUGGGUUACACCAUCCCUCUGGAGACCUGCUGCUGCCCCGACACUGUUUUACGAUACCUUACUGAUGACAUGCUGCUGAGAGAGAUGAUGUCAGACCCUUUCCUGGAGCACUACGGGGUCGUUGUUAUUGACCAGGCUCAUGAGAGGACGGUGAGCACAGACAUACUGUUGGGUCUCCUCAAACACAUCCCACUGCAGAGGCCUGAGCUGAGGGUGGUGGUCCUAACGGUGCCGCCUAUGACGGAGAAGCUUCUGAGACACUACGGCAGCAUCCCCCUCAUCAGUCUGGAGGCCCCCAGCCCUAUCGAGGUGGUCCACAGCAGCAGCAGCAACAAAGACUGCUUCUACUCCGCGCUGAGGAUGGUGCUGGAGAUCCAUCGAACCAAAGAGAGCGGAGAUAUCGCUGUAUUUUUUGCCUCGGCAAAGGAAGUGCAGAGUGCUUACAGCAUCCUCCAGAGCGAGAGCUCCAGAAUGGGAAAGGAGCUGGACCGAAUGGAACCGGUAGUCUUGUGCCCAAGCCAGCGAGGGCCAGUGCCUGUCCAGACCAAGCCAUCUGGCCACCCAAAGUCCAGGAGUGUUUUUCUCUCUACCGAAAAAGGAGAGGACGUGUGGUGGACUUUGGAGUCUGUGAACUUUGUCAUUGACACAGGAGUCCAGUUAAAAAUGGUUUACAAUCCAAGAGUGAGAGCCUACUCUCAGGUGCUUCAGCCUAUUAGUAGGUGUCAGGCAGAUUUACGCAAACGGCUGUCUGGCCCAACAGGUAAGUGUUUCCGGCUGUACCCAGAGGCGAACCUACGCCUGGCAGAGACAUCCCCGCAGAUUUUGGAAUCUAAUAUUGCACCAACAGUUCUCUUCCUGAAAAGGAUGGAAAUAGCUGGCCUCGGACAAUGUCAGUUCAUGGACAGACCAGAUCCAGAGGGUCUCAUGCAGGCUCUGGAGGAGCUGGAUUACCUUGCUGCCUUGGAUGAUGACGGCGACUUGUCUGAGAUUGGCAUCAUCAUGUCAGAAAUCCCUCUGGAUCCUCAGAUGGCCAAAGCUUUGCUCGCAUCUUGCGAGUUUGAUUGUGUCAGUGAGAUGCUGACGAUAGCGGCCAUGGUGUCAGCGCCAAGUUGUUUCCUAGAACCGUCUGCUGAAAUGACCCACAAGGCAGUCCAGUGCCACAGAAAGUUCCAGCAUCCCGAGGGCGAUCACUUCACACUCAUAAAUAUCUACAAUGCCUUCAAACAGAGCCAGAGGAAAGAGUGUAAGACAUCCGACUUGACGGCUGAAAGGUGGUGCCAAGACUAUUUCCUGGAUCAUUCUGCCCUGAAGACGGCUGAGGCCAUCCGGUCGGAGCUGACGGACACCUUGAACAGGAUCGAGCUUCCCAUUUCUGAACCCUCUUUUGGAACAAAGACCAACACUAUUAACCUCAAAAGAGCUCUAAUGGCUGGAUUCUUCAUGCAGAUUGCACGAGAUGUGGAUGGGUCCGGAAACUACUUCAUUCUGACACACAAGCACAUGGCCCAGGUGCACCCGCUCUCGGGCUACGGAGCUCCCUCACACAAGCUGGGACUGCCGGAGUGGGUCGUCUUCAACGAGUACACUCUGUCGGAAAACAACUGCAUCAAAACCGUCACCAAAAUUUCCCCUCAAGUGUUCAUUCAGAUGGCACCGCUGUAUUUCUUCUACAACCUGCCACCUAGCGAAAGCAAAGACAUAUUGCAGGACAUGCUGGACCCAGAGGGAUCCAGCAACUGUACAGACAAGGCUCCUCCAAACAGCGACGACACCGGAGGCUGCACAGCAGUGACCACUUAUGACCGCUGUGUGAUCCAGUAA